AUGCAAGUUAAGAAUAUUUCAAUUGUUCUCAGCGGGCUCGAAAGCUGGAUUGCCCAAGGCUAUGUCGCUGAAGCUGGACUUCCUCCGGCGGAUGUCUUAUCGACAACAACCCGCUGGUUUGGAACUGUUGAAGCAACGUGCUCAUCUGUUCUGGGCAACCCUGAGCUCCUGAUUCCUAGUUGCGCCGGACACCAAAUUACAGGGGCUAUGGACUUUCCAGAACUUUGCGAUUUUUUCGGCGGCACAAUCUUUUACGAUGACUACCGAGGAGACUUGACAGCUAUAGCCGAGAAAAUAAGCUUACGCGCAUCGUCGAUUCCCCUUAUCUUGCUGGACAAUGUCGCAUCGCAGACCCUGCUCGAGGCUAUCUGGAGCCUGCUGACCGGCAACUACACAUCUGCCUUCCAACGGUUGAAUGACCUGAAUCAAGAGGGCGUCUAUUGCGAACGCUGGCUUCGUCGUGCCAGGCUUUACGAGGUACUUGCCAAUCUCUGGUUUCGACAUCCACCAAUGUUCCAAGAAUGCGACCUUAGAGGUCCCGCCAUGAUGCUCUGGGAUGCCUGGCACCCAGAACCAGUCCGCGACGACAAACUCAUAACUCCACCUGCGGAUGCCUCUCGCGGUGACAUUUUGGAGGUGCUCUGCAUCCGGACGCUCCGGAAUAUACAAGACGACCGAACAAAGCUUUCCAAAUCCCUUUUCAACAGCGAAUACACGGCCGCAGACAUAAGUUCGGAGCCAUCUUCGCACUCUCCCGGGCCCCUACAGGUCGCGUAUGAGGCCUUGCGGUUGGACAUGCCUAUAGUCGCCAGCUAUUUCCUACAGGUUGCAUUUGGAUACGGCUCCAUCGACGAAGUGGGUUGCUUCGACAAGUGGAUUGAGUUAAGGGACUCAGGUCCAAGAGCUGGACGCAGCCACAUCUUUGGGACCCAGAGUAUGAUGCUAGGGGACCGUGCAGUUUCCCCUCCGGACACUACGAGCCUUGCCUACAACCUGAACUUGGGCGAUUCGUUGGAUGUAUUCGGUGGUGACAUCAGCAUCCACCAGCCUGGCCAUGCAAUCCCCAUUGAAGACUUCGGAAAGAUGCUAAGUUGCUCGUUGAAUUUGUACAUGUUAGCGAGCUCACAGUUCUGUGACGCAGGCUCGAAACGCGGGGAGGCUGUUGCACUCCUCAAAGCGGCUGCUGUUGUUCAGAUUGCCAAGAUGAGCUCAUACAAACUUCGCUAUCAAUCGGGACAGCCGCUGAGUCCAUCCGAUCUAGUCACGCGAGCACGAGAGUUGGCAUUGGCGGCUGGCGACCUCCAGCUUGAGCAGCUUUCAGUGCUUUACAAUUGGGACGACUCUAUGCAACAACUGUGGGUGGCAGGCCUCGCCGGCCCGUCACGUGGGCUGACGGCCGCCACCACUGGUCUUAGCCAGCCUCCACAGCCCUCUAGCCAGUUAUGA